UUUGGCGCGUAAAACCUUAGAGCAGGUUCCGAUCAGCUGGAACACAAAAAAACAACAACAACAAAAGUGAUUCCGGCCGCGUCGCGCGCAGAGACAGUCGGGCCGCACCUUCCCUCUGUUUUAAUGGAUUUAUGCAUUAAAUGAGCGAGGAUCUUAGUAUUAUUUGGAGUUAAUGACAAUACUUCCUGGAUGGAGUCAUUAAAAAGGACAAAAGCGAAGGAUAUUUUGGAUUAAAGUGUCAGAUGAGAAAAGAAACCGGACUUUGGCUUUGUUCUGCACCCGAAUCGUGUUAUACGGUUAUAUUUACUUCAUCUACAGCAUGUUUACCAUAUUAAUUACACCUUUCUAACACGUUUACCAAUGCUCAUGUGAGAUAAAGCUCAGUUUCUCUUGAAAAUAUCGCAACAAUAUUAAUAACUUGGUGAUUUUACUGAAUGAUUUCAUGUUUUAUGCACUUUAAAAGUUGAAAUUACAUUGCAGUUUGUUUGUGAUGUUGUUAUUUAUAGUGGACUAUAUUUGUUAUGCUUUGCUGCCAUUUUCAAAAGCACUUCCUUAAACAAAGGAUUCACAACUCUAAAGUCAUCAUGCAUGUGAAAAACAUCUGAAAUGUUUAUAAAUAACAUGCAUGGUCUUAUUUUUUACUUUUACUAAUGUAAAGUUGAUCUUUUUUGUUUUGCAAACUGAAGUUGACCUACAUUCUGGCCUGGCUGUGGUUUGGGAGUCUCACCCAUAUGUUCAGUCAAGGCCUGUUUUUAACAUGCUUCUCAGUGUGCACUUCUCAGAAACCUGUCAGAACAUGGUUUUUCCAACUCUUCUGCGUGCAAUUUGAAAAGCAGCCCGUUUCCAUGCACUGAAGGCCAUCAGGACUGAAAAUAAACCCAGAGACUAAGUAACCCCUGCUGUUUAGGCACGAUAUGUCUGAGAGUUUUAUAUCGGGUCAGACCUCGGAGGAUCUGCUGGCUGAUUUUGAGUCUCUCUUGAACAAUGGCAGUAUUGAUCUUAGUGAAGAUCAUCAAAUCGUCAUCAUCUCCACGCCCGGCACGGCCACGGCCAGCACUGCUGCGGGGGACAUCUUGCUGUUUGCCACCCCACAUCACACCGCCACCUCCACCACAGCCCUGCCCGACCACAGGAGACCCACUCUGGGCAGACCGCCGGUAAAGAGGAAGUUGGAUUUAGACAGUGAUCACCAGUACAUUUGCACCUCCCGAUCUGCUUCACAUGGACCCGCACCUCCGGCUACACCCGCACCACCCAGAGUCCCUAAACUAGCUACGGAGAAAUCCCGCUACGACACAUCUCUGAAUCUGACCACCAAACGCUUCCUGGACCUUCUGGCUCAGUCUCCGGAUGGCGUGGUAGACCUGAACUGGGCCUCUCAAGUGCUGGACGUCCAGAAACGCCGCAUCUACGACAUCACCAACGUCCUGGAGGGAAUUCAUCUGAUCUCCAAAAAGUCCAAGAACAACAUUCAGUGGCUGGGGAAUCGUAUCGACGGGGCGUCCGUGGCCAGGUUUCAGGAGCUGCAGAAGGAAGUGUCCGAGCUGACGGAGGCUGAGGAGAAACUUGACGAGCUCAUUAACAAAUGCAGCUUACAACUACGGCUCCUCACAGAGGACACGCACAACAAGAAGCUUGGGUACGUUAGAUGCCAGGACCUGCGUAAUACAGUCAACCCCCCGGACCAGAUCAUCAUGGUGAUUCGAGCUCCACCAGAGACGCAGAUGCAGGUGUCCGAACCCAGUGAGGGUUACCAGAUUUCUCUCAAGAGCUCCAAAGGCCCGAUCGACGUGUUUCUGUGUCCGGAGGACAGUUCUGGGGUCUGUAGUCCUGUCACUGAUUGUAGUCCAGCGAAAUCGUCCUGUCAGAGCCCCCCGCAGUCUGAUCUCGUCUCACAGGAAGUGGCAUCAUCAACGCCAGCUACACUGCCUAGCUCCUCCCCUCUGCCUUUGGGUACAGAUUCGGAGUCGUUUCUGGACUCGUUUUCUGGUAUUUGUGAGAUGCCAGAUUUCGACUUGUCUCCUUUGGGUUCGUCUGACUUCCUGCUGGAGCGUGGCGGUGCAGCGGACGCUAUCGGCCUCCCGUUGGACGGCUUCAUCUGCCUGUCUCCGCCACACAGCCAGGACUACCACUUCGGCCUGGAGGAUCACGAGGGCGUCAGCGAGCUGUUCGACUGCGACUUCAGCGACCUCGGCCCUCUGGAGUUUUGACACAGAUCUGAGUGUGAACGGGAAACCGGUUCCACAUCGCUUCACUUUUGAAUCCAGAUUUGCUCGGGAGGCUCCGAGCACUGCCAUUUAAUUUAUUAAUAGAAAUAAGUCACCUUUAAUCUCUUUGGUUUCAUGUUUAUUGGAAUUUAUUGUAAAUCUAAUGUUGUCUUGAAGGUUUUAGGAUGUCGUACUGGAUAGAGUUUGAAUAUAAACUGACAGGUUUUACGGACUAUUUCUCAGGUGAGUGAUUACGUGCUAGUUACCGUAUGUAUUUAGGGUCUGGUUAUGUUGCAUAUGUUGGUUAUGCAUGCUGCGCGAUAAUCAAUCCGCCAUCGCUCGCAUGGCGACCGAGAGGAUUUACAGAAAAACUUUUCACAGUCGUGAUAACAAUAUUUCUAAGCUCAAUUAUAUCCACGCGUUCCGUACAAAUGUUCAUCAUGUCACCGAUUCUCUCGUGUUCGUGAAGUUCUGCAUCUUUUAAAGCAUUGUGUGUGUAGGCUUGUUUGAUUUUUAUCGCUGUUACAGGAGACGUUCUGUAUUUAUUUGCAUUCAUAUAUGAUCCUGGUACAGUAAAUGCCCAGUUUUAUAUAUAUAUAUAUAUAUAUAUAUAUAUAUAUGUAUAUAUAUAGUCCCCUAAGAAUUCACUUGUCUUAUUUUUUUUAUGUUGUUUUUCCUGUGCAUGUGUGUAAAAAUUCAUAUCCUUUCCAGCCUCAUCUUAAAUAUUAAUCUUUGAUAUUUAAAAAAAAAAAAAAGCACUAUAAUUUUUUUGUUGUUGUUGUUUAUUCCUACUAGGAUUCCUUCUAGUCCAGGUCUAGAAAUAAUAUCUAUUUUCUUACUGGAGUUGUUCUUCUCUGGUGAUUUGUGAUCGUUUUAUAGCGUUUGGGUGUUUUAGAGUCGUAAUUCCACUUCAGUAUGUCAGACGAAGUAUAUGUAUAGUCAUGUGAAAGGAUUAUAAUGAUAUAAUGUCAUUUUAGUGGAAAGCGUUUUGGUAGAGUACCGGUAGGUUUGAUUAUAAAGGGCUCUGAAGUUUAUGAGGACACUGUUUGAUAAGCUCUUCAUCUUAUAAAAUGUAUAAUUUAAUGCAGAUUGACCUUUUGCGUGUAGAUUUUUCCCGGGAUUUGCUUUAUUCUGUUUUCUGAAGGCAGCUUUUGUCUUUUGGUUGAAUGUGGUUUUUGUCUGUUUGGACGGAGACAUGGCUGUAUAUCAUAAAUGUGCGUGUGUGAGUACUAGUUUUGUGUGAUUUGAUGUUUGCAUGUGAAUUGUCAUGUUGAUUUUGUUCUUUUGCGAGGUCGAGUUGUCUGGGACAAUUCUUAUGACCGGAUCAAGCGCUUCGGAGUGUGAUUCGUGUUUAUGUGGUUGUACAAUAGCAAUAUUUUUGUCAUAGGGCUUUUUUUUUUGUUGCAUAAUUGGUUUCCCUGUUUACUUUAUAUAAGCCACUAAAAAAGUGGACAACGGCACAGUGAACGUGUAUACUUUUAAAAUUAAGUACAAAUGAAUUCCGAUUUUGAACUAAAGUCUUUAAAUUGAUUCGAGAAUUAUGGCUUUAAAUUCCAUUUGCAGUGUUUUUAGUUAUAAAGGUUUGAAGUUUGAGAUUUAAAGGUUGUAAUAUUGUUUUUGUUGAGCACUGAUUCAUAGUUUCAUUGCAGAAGGGAUGAUGUUUGUGAUCUCAUGUCAAUAUUUCAGAUUAUCACCUGUCAAUCACAGACUGAUGGAUUGUCUUUGUUCUGACAACAUAAAUAAACCUUUUGACCUAAAA